AUGGGCCUCUGGAACUACGGCCGCAAAGGCAGGCACGACCGCGAGGCCGGCUCCUCGUCGGGACGCUGCCGCGCGGCUCGGCGCGCCUCCUUCUUCGCCGGCACCUCGACGGGGCCGCGGCGGCCACGGGAGCGCGCCCAGAAGCGCGGACGUAGGCGGGUCCGCGGCGUCACGCCCACACCAUCGCCGUCUCCGUCGCCCCCUCCACCUCCUCGCAUGACAGACGAGGAGGAGGCCCGUCUCCUGCAGCGUGUCAUGGACGAGUCCAUGUACACGCACGACGAGCGGCAGUGGGACGGCCUGGAGGAGGCCAUGGCUCUCUCUGCCGCCGGGGACGUCGCCUUCCCUGUCGAGGAGGAGAGGAGGGACGGCCCGCCGGCCGCGUUCCAGCAGUUGCUGGGCCAGGAGUGGGGCUGGUCCUGCACUGCUUCGGAGAUGGCCGCCGGCGUGGGCGUGAACUGGCUUACAGAUGAGAAUAGGCUUCCACAUUUGUUGCUCUAUGGUCCACCUGGCACUGGGAAAACAUCAACAAUACUCGCUGUCGCGAGGAAGAUAUAUGGCUCACAGUAUGGCAACAUGAUUCUUGAGCUCAAUGCAUCAGAUGAACGUGGGAUUGGUGUUGUAAGGCAGCAGAUACAGGACUUUGCUAGUGCACACAGCCUCUCUUUUGGAGCAAAGCCUGCUGUUAAGUUGGUCCUUUUGGAUGAAGCCGAUGCCAUGACCAAGGAUGCACAAUUUGCAUUGCGAAGAGUCAUUGAGAAGUAUACAAGGAGCACAAGGUUUGCACUGAUAUGCAACCAUGUGAACAAAAUAAUUCCAGCACUACAAUCAAGGUGCACUAGGUUUAGAUUUGCUCCACUUGAUGGCACUAAUGUUAGUGAGCGUCUUCAACAUGUAAUAAAAUCUGAGGGACUUGAUGUCGAUAAGGGUGGCUUGACAGCCCUUGUGCGGUUAAGUAACGGUGACAUGAGGAAGGCUUUGAAUAUAUUGCAGUCAACACACAUGGCAUCCUCACAAAUAACAGAAGAAGCUGUUUACCUUUGCACGGGAAAUCCCAUGCCUAAAGAUAUUGAGCAGAUAGCGAGUUGGUUACUAAAUGAACCAUUUUCAACCAGCUUCAAAUAUAUAUCUGAUACAAAGAUGAGAAAAGGUCUGGCCUUGAUUGAUAUCAUACGGGAGGUCACUAUGUUUGUGUUCAAAAUUAAUAUGCCAUCCAAUGUACGAGUAAAGUUGAUUAAUGAUUUGGCAGAUAUCGAGUAUCGACUAACCUUCGCCUGCAAUGACAAACUGCAGCUUGGAGCAUUGAUCUCGACUUUCACGACUGCUCGCACUGCUAUGGUUGCUGCCGCCGCCUAA